GGUCCAGGGUUUCCUAUCGAUUACUUCCAACCACCAUCUAAUCUCAAUAUAUAGUGCCCGCAAUGUCGAGUCACCUAGACUGGUGGUCACACUGCAACAUAGUCGAUAGUAUUCAAUCUGCACUAAGGACUUGACACAUAUGACAUUGAUCACCACCCAGUGAUCAAUCAAUUGUGAUUACAUCUCAGUCCUACAGGAGAUCGGUCGCGACUCGGAUAGCUCAGUGGUAACGUCUCUCACUGUGAAGCUGGGUAACACGAGAUCAAAUCCGCCAGGGAGCACCAGUUCCCUCAAGAUUACAGGUACCAUGUAGCACGAAACCCGGGUCCAGGGUUUCCUGUCGACUACCUCCAACCAUCAUCUAAGUUGGUUUUAUUUAAAGCUUAGUAAGUUUUAAUAUCAUCAUUAUGACUUUGUUAUUUUAUUGAAAUUAAUUAUAUUUAUUGUGUUAUAAAUUCUACUAACAUUCAAUAGUAUUUUGUUAUUAUUUUUUUAAUCCUGAAACUGAAUUCUUUAAAGUCAAUCAUUCAAUUUGAAAUUACUGCUUUGUAUUUUUUGUUGAUUAAUAUGCACAAUUAAACGUAAGUCGUUUUUAUUUUGUCAUCAAAUGAAAAGGUUUAUAGAACACCUUUUUUAACCAUGUUACUUACUUACUCACUUACGCCUGUAACUCCCAAUGGAGCAACGGUCACCGACUAGCAUUCUCCAACCUACUGUGUCCUGCGCAUUCCUUUCUAGUUCUAUUAUUAUUCAUUCAUCUCAAGUCUGUCUCCAUUUCUCGGCGUCAUAUGUUCUCUCGUCUUCCUCUUCUCAUUCGGCUUUGAUGAUGCCUUAUGACUCAGUUGGGUGCUUUUCUCAAUGUUUAUCCUAUCCACUUCCGACGCUUAUCUUAAUUUCUUCCCCCACUGGAGUCUGGUUUGUUUUAUCCCACAGUAGGUUGUUGCUGAUAGUGUCGGACCCGAAGUAUUUUGCGUAGACAACUGUUAAUAAACAUUUGUCUUCUGGAUGAUGGCUUUCGUAGUUCUUCAAGUUUUUGUCCCCUACAGUAGAACUGUCUUGACAUUUGUAUAGAAAAUUCCCACCUUAGUGUUGGUUGACAGUUGUUUUGAGUUCCAGAUGUGCUUCAGUUGUAAACAUGCUGCUCUUGCUUUGCCGAUCCGCGCCUUCACAUCUGUAUCAGAUCCACCGUGUUCAUCAAUGAUGCUGCCCAGAUAUCUAAAGGAUUAUACAUCUUCCAAAUCUUCUCCGUCGAGUUUGGUUUGAUUGGUGCAUGUUGUGUUGUAUCGGAGAAUCUUGCUUUUCCCUUUGCGUAUAUUGAGACCUACUGCUGCUGAGGCUGUUGCUGCACUGGUCGUCUUCGUUUGCAUUUGUUGUUGUGUGUGUGAUAGAAAAGCCACAUCAUCUGCGAAGUAUAGAUCGUCCAGCUGCAUCUUAGCUGUCCACUGUAUCCCAUGCUUCCCCCCAGAUGUUGAUGUCUUCAUGAUUCAGUCGAUCACCAGGAGGAAGACUUUUACCCAUGUAUUGCAAGCUUUUUCAUUGGGAUGAUUCAACAACUUGAAUAGUGUAUGGCAUACUGAUAAAGUUAUUUGCCCUAGCUCGUAAUGAAAAUUUAUACUGUUAGAUUCCUUUGACAAUAUAGUAUUUACCUAUCUUUGUCGUCCAUCAUUAACGUUAAAUGACGUCUGAGUAAUACGUUUUCUCAAUAUGUCAAUUAGGGAGAUCACUCCAAAAUUUUAGUGAACACCUAGUCUAGCCUUCGCAUAUUUUUUCACUUAUUGCCGGGAUAAAUCUGUAAAUUACAAUAUAUAUCCUAUAAAAUAACCACUUCAUCAUUACUUACCAAAAGAAGAUACCUGAAAGUUACUAAAACUUAUUACUACUAUCACGGAAAUAAAAGUUAACUGUGAAAUCAAUGAUUUACAAUUUACGUGUUAAGGGAAGGAUGGCUAUUUCUUCACAAUGUUAUUUUAUUAGUUCUAGAGAUGGUGUACUUGGUCCUUUUAGGAAGCUAUGGAUUUCUCAAGUUGAUUCUCCUGAAUGUAUUUCAGUUCAGUGAUAAAAUGUACUGAUGUUGAUUAUAGGCAUACAUGUUUAAAUAUAUUAUUGAGGAGUCCUGACAGUGAGGAAAUAGAUGUUGUACAUGGUUUACCGAUGUUUCAUUACUAAACCUAAAAACAGACAUCACUGAACUCAUACAGAACUAAAAAAUCACUUGAUAGCAUUCACACUACACUGGAGUUUUAUCAAUAAACUAUGUCGAGUAAUUUAUUUGAAAUAUUUGUCCAAUACGAGAUACUCGAUUUGGUUGUGUUGUAUGUAAUAAUUAUUUUUAAACAUGAGUUGUCAAAACAUUUAACAAAAACGAAUACUGAAUUGUGGGUCGAAGAUGGGUUGUGGCUAGCAGUAGAAUCCAGAACUUGAGUUUCGUCCUCUUUGAGACUCGCCAGCUGGAUGUACUCGUGUCUGAGUUUAUGUUCACUUCGGGACCCGGACCCAGUCCCGUCCGUCUCAAACUCCAUCGCGUUAUCCACUUUCCUAUUGAGUCCUCACAGGCACUAGCUAGUGCAAUGGGGUAAAGUUUUAACUCAUUUUGUAUUGUUUGCUUGAACCUUAUCAUUGAUGUUUAGGGUCGGUUUGUUCAUGACAUAACCGAUCGUAGUUGAUCAUUAAACAUAUAUGUAACACAUGAUAGUAAGACUAUUUGGUACCUUGAGGGGUUAUUCUCUAAGUUGGUAUAAGAUUAUUUUGAAAUGCCAAAUCGAUAACCGGAUUUAUUCCGUAAAUAUUGAGCUAAGGGAUAUUUCUAUUGUAUUUUCACGAUGUUCAUAAUUAAUUCUUUCAAAAUUAACAACUGUAUUUGUAGUGAAUCUUACUAUUCUUGUUUGUGGAAAUAGUUAAAUUCGUAGUUAUUAUCUAAGGAUUUCAGGAAGUGAGCUUCACAAUUCUAUACUGUUUAUUAUUUGAAAUGAAAUCACCAUUUCCGAACCUUGAAGCUACAUACUCAAUGAUUAUUCAUUGAAAUUACUUUCGAAAGGUGAGUUUCUAGGGAUUUAGUGUGAAACAACGAAUGGAUAUUCAACUCGAUUUGGAAAUGGAAACGCGAAAUUUCAGAAAUUCUUUUUAACGAGUUACAGUCUAAGAUAUGACAGAUUUAGUAACUGAACAGCCUGAAAAUCGAUUACAGGAGUAUGAAACAAAUGAGAAGCACCGUCAGAAUAAUUACUGUUCAAAAAUAUUUAUAAGGAUCUUUAGAAGUGAGUGUAGUACAAUAACUGUAUUCAGUCAACGUAAGAGAAAGACUGCAAUCAUUAGACUAGUUUAUAGAACGGAUAAGAACGUACUAUUAUCAAGACAUUGUAUAAUCCAUGCAAGAAGUAACUUGAUACCAAAACUAGUAAUUGUAUAUAGGUUUCAGUGUACGAUACAAGGAGAUAAUCAAACGUAACUUAAUGCUCAUUCAAAGGUUUCUGUACCAUGCUUUGCUACACACCGAGAGUGUGAAGAGUAAUUAAAGAUUUCAGAUCCCAAUACAGGUUUACAUAGGGCAAUCUUAGUUUUGUCUUCAAAAAUAUAUGGCUUCAGUUCUCAGCUUACUAACUUCCGGCUGAAUUCUAUAUGUAUAUCGAUAUUUGUACUUCUAAGUGCAAAUGCAAAAUGCACCCGAAAUCGGGAAUAUUAUACACUGAUGGAAAAUUUGUUUUUGCAGUAUAACCUAUUGAUUGUAUACACAAUUUAUUGAUUGGUUAAAUCAAAUUUUUACUAAACUAUUUUAUCAUAAAAUCAAUCCUCAACUUUAUCUCAUGUAUUAAAAGUGCUCAAUCCAAAAUUUAAAUUCAAUCAGUUAAAACUCAAAAUAACAGUUUUUGACUUUAAAGUAAACAAUAUUCAAAAUAUUAGGGAAUUUCAUCUAUUUCUUACACUUCCAACUCAUAUUAACGGUCUCGUAUAUUCUUACAUCUGAUUAUAAAGAAUCGACUUGAUGCCUAAACCAUUAGAUUUACAGAAAAUGGUAUUGGGGUUUGAACUCUGACUUAAGUGCAUUGGACUAGGGAGAUGGGCUGUGUUGCUAACCUUGGUACCUAAAAGUGUUACUAAAAGCUGAAUAUAUUGCACAGAGUAUACGAUUAGAAAAUGUCGACACGGCCGGUUUUUAUAUCAACCAGUUUAGUAAAAAACCGAACUAGUAAUAUGUGAUAGUUCUACUCACUGGUUUGAGUAAAACCAUCCUAUAUAAGUUAUUUAACCGUCGAUUAACCCUUCUACUCAACAUCAUAAUUGUUAUUUCAUUUGUCUUUUUUGUUACAGUAUACUAGAAUGAUUUUCGGUAAAAAAAAUGCUUAAGUUCAUAAUUGUCUACACAUUGCUGUAUAUAUGAAUAAACAGAAGUUUUCUGUCACGAAUAUUAUAUAAGCCAUUUACUAAAUUCGGUUAAUUAUUUAGGGAUAUAGUGUUAAUCGCCAUAUUCCCCCUCCCUUGAUUCAGAGUUUAUUGCACAAAAUCUCAUUCUCCCAUUCUGGUCAUAUUAUUUUUUUAACUGAUGUUUUAGAGUAUAGAAAGAUAUUAAGAGAGAAUCAUUUUAGUCAAUGUAUAUGAAAUAGGUCAUUACGACAGAUACACUUAAUCAAUAUAUUAAAUUGACAACAGAUCGAAAACGAAAGAAUAUACUCUAAAACAAAGAAUUUUCAAAUUAAGGAAUUAAUUCACCAAAUAUCGGAUAGUGGUUGAAGGUAUUUGAUAAAGAUCCAAUGACUAGUAAUGAUAAUUUAGUUUUAAUCUGUUAAAGGUUUAUAGAUAGCUGAAUAAUUUCAUGCUUUGAACUUUACAAAAAAUCAGUCAUAUGUCCUAGGGCGUACGUAUGACCACGAGACCUAUAAAGUCCAUUUUAAUCAGAAUGCUUAUGAUAAUCCGUUUCAAUAUAUUAUUUAAAUGUUUGGAAAUGGACAAAGACAAGCUUAUUACUCAGAAUAACUAAAAUUACAGAAUACUAAUCAUAUUUUCAUUAAAUAAACUGUAGUGUCGGUUAUUAUGUUAAGCCCAUAUACCUUAUUCUAGCUUUCGGACAGCUCAUUCUACUCAUUCUACUUGAGUCACAUUUUGACCUUGUUGAUCAUUCGCGCGCGUAGGUGUGUGUACAUUUCUUAUCCCAUUACUCACUACAUGUCUGUAUCUUACUUUUGUGUAACCAUAAUUAUUGAUUAACGCUUGGUUAAAUGGAAGUUGGGUUACCAACCUUUUCCCCUUCGCGUCGUUUUUCUUCUCUCUAUUCCAUUCACUUCACAUACAAAAUAUAUGUAUUCAAAAGUCCAUUCUCGUUAUUUGACUUAUCUAAAUCCGUUAUUGACUAACGCGAUUAAAGUCGAUGAUUAGAUACAAGGAUAAGCAACAUAUAUAUUCCAAUAACAAACACUCAUACGAUCUAAUUGAAGUCAGAUCAACGGGCCACUAAAAAAGUGUCAAUUUCAAAUUCCACACAUUAAAUCUUCUGUUUAGGGUGUUAUCAAAACAGACAAAAACCAAUUUCUUUCUAAUUAUUAUUAUCUAUCCAAGUCUAUAUCAAAGAACAAACUAAAGAUGAUUUUAUUUUUUUUUAUUUUUUUAAAAAAAAAACAGUCAUAUCAACAUCUCUAUUAUCAGUGGUCAAUGUCAUUAUUUUUACACUACCACCCACGCAAACACUUUCAUCGAAAUAUUAACCAAUCAUAUUUUGUCAUUUUUGAAAGAAAAAAAAGAUAUAUAAACAAAAUUAAACUAUCACAAAUAGUUUAAAUUCAAUUAUUCAAUCUUUAUUAUUCAUUAAAUAGAAUGUACAAAUCAUUAAAUGUUACAUUUGUGAUCAUUUACUUGUAAAAGAAUAAUUUAAAUAAUUAUUAUUAAUUUAUUAAAUAGUUGACUAAAUUUCUUUCUUCUUUGUUUUAAUUCAUCAUGUAUAAAUGUAUCAUAAAACUAUUUUCAAAUUUAUCACAUUUCAUUCAAUUCAAACAAAUUUUGUUACAAUUUAUAAGUGUUACUUGUUUUGUUAUGAUGUUUUUAUUUGGUGCAACAUCAUGUUGGUUAUUAUGGAUUUAUUUAAUUAUUAAAUUUAUUAAAUUAUUCUAUAUUAUUGGUAAUAAAUUAAUUAGUAAUGAUAAUAUUAUACAAAAUUCAUAUGAAUUUAUACAUAAUGAACAAUUAUAUGAUUUAUUUCGACAAUUUAUUACAUUAUUUUUAAUUAUUAUUGUAUAUUGGAUAUAUUGGUAUAUUGAUAAAGGUUCCGAAGAGAAAGGUAGUCAUCCAAAAUAUUUUAUUAGAAAUUUAAUAAUAUGGAAAUAUAUAGCAUGUUAUUUUCCAAUUAAACUUGUUCUUAGUGAAUUAUAUCAAAAUAAUAAUAAUAAUAAUAAAGAUAAUGAACCCACAUCUGAAUUAACUACACUCAAUGUUCUUACCAAUCAAAAUUGUCAUAAUGAUGAAGAUCAAAAUUCAAAUGAUAAAAUGUAUAUUGAAACAAUUAUAAAUAAACAAGAUUAUUCUACAAAUGAAAAUAAUUUAACAUGUAUAAAAGAAUUAUUUCCUACAAGUAAUAAUUAUCUAGUUGGUUAUCAUCCACAUGGAAUAUUUGGUAUUGGUGCUUUUAUUAAUUUCUUAACUGAAGCUAAUCAAUUCUCUGAAAAAUUUCCAGGAAUUACACCAUGGUUAACAACAUUGGAGAUUAAUUUCAAAGCGCCAUUUUAUCGUGAUUUUCUAUUAUCUUUUAAUCUUGUAGCAGCAACAUACAAAGGACUUUCAUAUCUCCUUGAUUCUCAACAAUGUGGAAAUACAGGAAAUUUCGUUGUCGUCGUUUUGGGUGGUGCUCCUGAAGCAUUAGAUUCACGUCCUGGGAAAUAUGUCUUCCACACUAACCGACGAUAUGGCUUUUUUAAGUUAGCAUUAAUGACUGGGUCGCACUUGGUACCGUGUGUAUCGUUUGGUGAACCGAAUAUGUUUAAACAAGUGUACAAUCCUGAAGGGAGUUGCAUAAGACACUUCCAAAAUCGAUUUACGAAAAUGGCAACAUUCUCACCUCCUUUCUUUUAUGCUCGAUUUUUUCUGCCUUAUCGGACAGAUGUAAACACAGUCAUUGGACGACCAAUACCGUGUGAAAAAAACCCAAAUCCAACAAGAGAACAAAUAUCAGUGCUGAAAGAAUUAUACCUAGAAGAACUUCGAAAUCUUUACAAUAAAUAUAAACCAAUCUAUGAUCCAGAUGGAGACCUAAUGUUUGUUUGAAGCUGAGAUAAUCGUAUUUUCACAGUUUAUUCUAUUAGCCAAAAAAACAAUAAACAUUACUAUAUAGGACUUUAUGAUUCUGAUUAUUUUAUUUAUGACAAUUAUUUUUCAGUUUCAAGAUGUACAUUCAUUUGAAAACAUUUUUCGCCUUUUAAUUUCUUCUAUGAUCUAAUGAGGGAAAACAACUCUCGAUAUAUUUCAAUACUGAUCCGUAGUACAAGACUACGGAAAUACGACGGCUUAUCAAAUCAAUCGGUAUGAUAAUGUAUCGUAGUCUAUGUUAAAAGUCUUCGCAACCUUGUCUUUGUCUAAAAUGAUAGACUAUGUAGGUCUGAGGUUCUAGAGAUAAGUCUAGAUUACUCUUAAAUUCUAGGAACAAUAAGGGUGUAUAUCAAGUUUGUAUUUACUAACUUAAGGAAGAAGGAACAAAAUGCUUCCUCUAUUUUGGCAGAAUAGUGAAAAGAAAUUUAUAACCGUUCACAAUAUUGAGAAACUUUAAUGAUUCAAUACAGGUCACUUCUAUUAAGCAUUAACAUGGUAAAGUAUACCUGAAAAUUUAGCUUAUAUGAACAAAAUAAGGUAUGGAAUUAGAGUGCAUCAUACAGAGUUAGUACAUCUAUUAAUGUCUAAGAAACGCUUUAAAGAGAAUUCAAUAUAUAAAGUUUACGCUAUUCACUUCGACCAAC